ACUUCGAGUUUAUUUAUAAAUUACUGUAUUAAGUUACUAUUGUUUGUACAAGUGCUGUGUACUUUAGGUUUACACGGAUUAGUGGGUGAUAUAUAAUGAUAUUGAUUCAAACGUCCGGUGUAAUAUUCGGAUAAAUAAUGCUGUUUUUAUAAUUUAAUACUUCUGAAAACAACUAUACAUAAAUAUUGUAAAGGAUAGAUACUGUUAAAUAGCACAGAUUUUGUUUUUUAGAGUUUAUGUGUGUUGUCUUUAAACUAGAUAAAGGGUGCAAAAUUUAACUGGGUCGAUCACUAGGGUGUGUGAUAAAAUACUGUCGUACCCUGUUAUAAUAAAAUCGUCAAUAAAUACCACAGUGAAAAUUUACUUGAAGUUUAAUCAUUCACUGUUUAUGGUAUGGAUACAAUCGACGAACUUUGAUAUACGCAAUAAUGUUAACGUGUAAGAAAAUUGGAUAUUUCCUUUAUGUUAAUUUAGGAAUAUGUGUUUUCUGCGGCACUUUUGCGCAGGCGGAAGUGAAGUCAGUGAGCGCGUGCCAUGGUAACACCGAACCUGCGUGCCAUUUCAUUACACUAGACUGUGAGCAGGGAUCCAGAAUCCGUAUUUUAACAAUGAAAUAUGGCGUUAAAGAAGACAAAUGCAACAACAGGAAAAACCGCUGUCUCGACCCUAACAAAGAUGGAUGCUGCACCUAUAACACGGAAGAUUGUAUGGAGUACUAUAGUGACCUCCAUGCUUACAAUCUCUACAAAGACUGCUCGGGCAAACAAACAUGUGGUCCAUUGCCUGUACCGAACAGAAUUCUAAGCUCGUGCGACAGCAAAAUCUCUACGUAUGUGCACGUGACUUAUGAAUGUCUGCCAGUUAAAAAUGAGGUAAAAUUUUGUCGAGUUGGUAACUUAAGUAACGUAAAUGGUAAACAACUGAGCGUUGUAUUCAACAAGUCGGAAGAAUCGUCAAGCACGCCUGCAAACUGCUCAUGCUUCAUCACGGCGACACAGAAUGGCGAGGCCCAGAUAGAUUACGUAGAUAUCCGAAUGUUUAAAUCUCUCACAAGUAUUCAGGGGAGCAGUUGUUCGUCUGCCACAUUAACUUCCGUACCGGAUGAUAAUUUUGAUACCCAGUGCGUUAAUAGUAAACCCGAAGAGGACAACUUUAAGUAUGGGCAUCUGACCACUGGCACGGUUAUAGAAAUGAAACUUUUGAAUUUGUUUAGAAACGGAAAUGACGACGCACCGCAGUUUGUCUGGCUUCAUAUAACUGCGGACGACCAGAGUAAUGUGAAUGUACAAUGUUUCAAGCAUGCCAAUCAUCAGACGACAAUACCAACUACUCUACUACCACCACUACCAUCAAGUACACCAGGAGAUCAUUCAAAUACCACGAAAAUGUCAGCGUCCGGUGAUGAAGGUUCAAACACAGGUGCUAUUGUGGCUGGUAUACUUGUACCAAUACUCCUUCUGGCAGUAAUUGGAGCAGUGGUUGCGUUCCUGGUAUGGAGAAGACGUGGUUAUCUAUGCAAGAAGAAAAAGAAACACGCAACGCCGAAUAAAUACACAGAUAGUGCAGAUAUCGAUAAUUCAGUUGAAAACAGUGAGUACGCAGAGAUUGGGUUUGUGCCUGAUGUAGCAUGCAUGGAACCAAAUUACGAUCAAGUAUAUGAACCAAAAAAUAAAAAGGCUUCUCAUGAAACGAAUGGACACACGUACCAGAAUGUUGGAAAACAGGAUCAAGCCCAAGGGAAACAACCGAAAUCAACAAAAUCGCCGUUUGGCAAAAUUAAAACACAUACGGACAGAUUAAUUUCCUUUUUCCGAAAACAGACUGAAAAUGAUUUCCCGCAGGUUUCGAAACGAGAAAGAGAAAAUUCUGAGUCAUAUGAUCAUCUACGACCAGUUUCUGCUAAUUCCAGUGUUCAUGUGGAAAUAACACCACCCAUUGACGAACCAAACCACACGUAUUCACAUACUACCGAUGAUUCUGUUAGAAAACAAGUAGGUCUAAAUCAAGAAAAAGAAAAACCAAAUAAAAACGUAAAAGCGUCUCCAAAAAUAGAAAAACGAACAGAUGUUCCUACAGAAGAGUUAAAUGCUUUUCAUGUUGGAGAUGCGUACAUAGAGUUUCAGUUUGGUGCGGUUGACGAAAAUCACCCAGACCUCGUUAAAUGUCCAAAAGAAGGAAGCAAUGACGCAAGACCAGCACCGCCCACACGUCCUCCCCCUUCACCUAGAACAGUUGCAAAGAUUGGAACAACAACAACACCAAAGGCAAGUCCAAAACAAACGCACCAAGUAAUAACGCCACAGAACGAAAUUCGGUCAAAAUCCACUAAUUGUCUUUUACCAAGUAAUACAAUCCCUGAUGAUUCACCAAGCUAUGAUUACGCUGCUGGAACGCAUGUUCGACCUCGUAGUGCAAGUCCGCGAGGUUCGGACGUCUCAGAUGUCUCAUCUGAACAUUCUUACAAGAUUUUAGAAAAGGAACCCGAGGUUUAUGACUAUGCCGAUGUUAGUGAUGAUGAGCUAGCGAAGAGAACGGAUGGAUACACGUCUGGGUCAAUAUAUGAAGAUGUGGAUAAAAAUCUUAGAGCUGAGAGUGUUCGGAAACAUAGAAGUGACAUGAGUGUUCCGGUAGAAUCCAACGAAUACCUUGAGCCGGUCACAAGUCGAACACGUGCAAUUUCUUCACCGAUUGAAACAAAAGAACCCCAAGAAAGUAAAAAUGAUCAAUCAAAAACUCAACAUUCUGCAUCAAGCCUAUUUAAAAGAGAACUUAAAGAACGGGCGCAGCAGAAGAAAAAAGACAAGAGCAAACCAGUUGAGGGUGAAGAAAAAGACUUUAGUAAAAUGGUGAAAAGUGAUAACGUCGAUGCCAAAGAUUACCAGAAAGUUGACAAAGUUAAAGGUGUACUAAACAUGGCAAAAUUAUUUGACAAUAAGGACAGUGAUAGUGAUACUUCAAGACAAAGUUCACCAAGGGAUUUACAAUUUACGAAUCUUCCAAGUGGAAACAAAAAGAAAUCUUCAUCUAAUGCGUGAUCAUGCAAUUUUGAUUAAUCCAUUUGUGUUUCUGUUGAUCCAUUCAUAACAAAACAGGAUAUAUGUUCGCUUUUCCCAAUCAUUCAGGAAUAUUAUUAUUUAUUCUUCAAUAUUCUCAAAGUAUCCAUUAUAAUCAAUUGUUUUAUACAUAUAUAAAGGGCUUUCAUCAUAAAUAUGUCAUUAGCAUUUAUAUGAAUGUUUUAAUUGUGAUUUUGUGUUAUUAAAUAAAGCCAUAUUUUACGCAUGUUAUAUAUAUACAUUUUAUUUUAAAAAAAAAAUGUUUACUUACGAUUUCGUCUUUAUUUACUACAAGGAUUACAUUAAUGUAAACAUAAAUCUUGAUAUUAUAUUAUAGGUAGGUGCAUCAAUGUCAUCUCAACAGAAUUUUGCAAAUUGCAAUUUUUUUUCAAAUUUCAACAUGUAGCGAUCGGCCAUGUCACUGUUAUACAUACUGAGUGUUAUCACCUCUUACGUUUUAGAUUUAUUUGUAUUUCCAAGAUUGUAGAUUUUCUAGGACAUUGUAUAGUUAAGCAUGCAUGUAUGUGUAACAAAUUAUAUAUUCAAUAUGUCCUAAACAAGUUAGAGCGACAUCGUAUCGAACGAAGCCCACAAUUGAUAAUAGACAGCAUAAAACAUAUUUUGAAUGAAAUAUUUUAGUCAACGCCUCGGCAUAAAUUUUCUUAUUCUGUACAAGUUUGCAAUAACUUGACCUUGAUGUUCAAUGCUUGACGGUUAAAGUUUUAAGGUCAAAAUCAGUUUGAGUUAACCAUCAUGUUUGUUUGAUGAUAACUGUUGUUCUUAUAAAUAAGAAGAAUAGUUUAUAAAUAAGUUAUGACGAAUUUUAGCUGUCUGAAAUCAUUCGACAUGAAACAUCAAGAUCUAAUAAAGGUCAGGGUCAAGCUUAGUUUAUCUUCUUGAUAGUUAUGUCCAGGUAUGAAGACAAUAAGCCAUUAAUAGAAAAGUCUGGUUGACGUGUAGGAGUAGCAUAGAUAGGCGUAAUCAUAUUCAUGUCGUACAGAUGAACGAAAGUUCCUAAAACUGGUGAGAUUUGAUCAUAGAAUCCUCACAAUAUGCCUAGCGUUAUUUCGUGACAAUACUUACAUUUGAUUGAAAUCUGUUGAGAAAUAUAGGAAGAGUUCCAGAAACAAUAUAAUGUUAACAACCACCCGCCGACAUUCUUCAAUUUGAUAACUAAAAUAACUUCCAUCAAGCCAGGUGAAAAUUAAAUCAAUAUAGAUCU